GUUGCGUAGGUCGUUAGGUAGGUAGCAAGCUCUCCCUGCCGCUUGUUGUGCGUCUCCUGCACCGGCACAAAACACCGUACACUUGAGCUAACUCGACAGCGGCAGCCUGAUCCGGACCAAUUGAGAGCACUGCUUCCAUCGGCGCGCUGCCCCGGCCCAGCUCUAGCAACCCUCAGGGACAGACAACCUCCACACCGCCGCGACGCAACCAUGCUCUACGGCCUCGACGAUUUAGUCACGGAAAUAGCCUACGCGUGCUCCCUGCGCAAGUCCGAGGCGAAGCGCUUCUACCACGCGCUCGUCCAGCAGCUCGAGCACCUCAUGCGGCAAGGGAAAGGCGCCCGCUGCCCCGGUUUGGGGAGGUGGUCCUUCUUGGCGAACUCGCAGCGUCAGAAGGGUAGCGCCGUCGGCAUGGACAUCGACGAGGACUUACGGGCCGCGUGGUUCAUCGGCUUCGCUUUCGAGGCGGACCCGACGUUUCUGCGCGCGCACAGCCUGGCCGCGGCGCCGGCGCCGCACGAGCUCGUGGCGCCGGCGGCCCGCGUGAACUACUCGGCCCUCGCCCGCAGCUGUGGCCUGGACCGGGACCAGGUCGCGCGAGUUACACACGUUUUCUGCGAACGGUUGGGCGUCGCGUGCUCGAAGCACCAGGUGCGCUUGGAGCUGGGGAACCUGGGGCGCUUCUGCGCGGACCACCGCAUCUGUCGCUUCGACUUUGGGGCGCGCGCGCCUCGUCCCCUUGGCCUGUCGACGACGUACGACGCCGCGUUCACGCGGGCGGGCCGCGACCCGCCGCCGUCGAGCCGACCGAUGACGUCGCCCAUCCAGGUGGCGUCCUCGACGACGACACCCCGGAACCACCGCUCCGCGCGGCGGUCGCGACCGACCUAUGACGUCUCCGCGGGCCACACGCCGCGACCGGUCGGUGGCUUCGACCGCGAGUUCAGCUCGGGCCCGUCGACGGCACUUGAUGAUUUAGCCCAGGGCCGCCGCGCGGGCCUCGAAGUGACGCGCCGCGCCAUGGAGCUCGUCCGGGAGCGGGGCGACCGCAUCAACGGUCUGGGCGACGCCCUCCAGAAGCACACUGUCAAAAUGUGCGCGACGCAGUACCCCCCGCGCGGGCCGCACGCGUGGUGCGGCCCGCGCGCCGCGCCGAUGGGCGGGCGGGCGUUCCCGCCCCUCGGCUACGCGCACUACACGCAUAUUACGGGGAUUCGCCCGCUUGAUACGUGGGCGGCGUGAGUGGUGGCUAG